CCCAACCGUAGCAUAUCUCCAAGCUGCUUGAAACGAGGAUUGUACCCUCUACAACACUAUGGCCGCUGAGUUUGCUAUCAAGUCUUUGGACCACCUGGUCUUGACAGUCCGGUCCAUCCCCGCAUCCGUCGCAUUCUAUACAAGCCACCUGGGGAUGAAACACGAAGUCUUUACUUCACCCAGCAGUCCAGAAAUUCAACGACAUGCCCUUCUCUUCGGGUCCCAGAAAAUCAACCUGCACGAGAGCGGGAAGGAAUUCGAGCCCAAGGCCCAGAAUGUCAUGCCAGGAAGCGCAGACCUCUGCUUUCUGACGGACACCAAAGUGGAUAAUGUUCUCAAAGCUCUCGAGGAAGCUAAGAUCGACGUCCUCGAAGGUAACAAAGUCGUGGAACGCACGGGUGCGGUGGGGAAGAUCCGGAGUGUUUAUGUGCGUGAUCCGGAUGGCAACUUGAUUGAAAUAUCAAACUACUGUUAAGAUGGAGAGAGAGCUGAUAUUCUAGAGGUUCAUGGCUGCUGAUAGCCGGGGGGGGGUUAUACACAUGCAUAUGCUUAGUCAUGUAAUGUACAGCCCCCUAUUGUGCAUACAUAUGAAAUUGUUGACAAUUUCCCUUUCUUUGUUCCUUUUCGAUGUAGUCUUCACAUCAUAUUCUUACUGUAACUAGCGGGAUGAUGAACAUCGCUCAAAAUGCCACUUUGAUAGG